AUACUUCGUAUUGUGUUGAUGGCCAUUUUGGACGCCGUGUUGGAUUUCUGUGUAACAUAAUUAGCCAACAUUUUGUCUGAUGAUAUAAAUGUGAUACUAUUGUGUUGUUUGCUCUCUGAAACCUGGAUAUAUACACCAAAUUCAUCAAAUUUGAGUGGAUAGUUACAUAGUUAUAUUUUAUAAUCAUAAAUAUGUUUUGGCGGCCAUCUUGGCGGCCAUUUUAGAUGCUGUGUUGGAUUUGUGUGUAAUAUAAUAAACUUUAACGAUGUCUGAUGAUCUUAAUGGAUUCUUUGCACCCUGAAACAUAUGUAUAGACACCAAAAUCGUCAAAUUUUAGUGACAUCGGUCCAGAAUGAAACAGAUGUCUUCACGCAGAAUAUUUCGCCAAAUAUGCGAAACUUGUUUGAUAUUAAUUUCAAUCUGGGCGUCGCUUAUGUCUUCAUUGUCUCCGUCCUGUGCUGUGUGGGUACGACGGGUAAUUCCGCCAUCCUGUAUGUGAUGAAAAAGGAGCCUCAGUUCAACGGCCACGCUCGGGUUAUGAUGAUCAACAUGGCCAUAGCGGACCUCUGUGUUACGGCAAUCGCCGACCCAAUGUGCAUCAUAGGCGCCUUUACUGGCAUGCGAAUCAUGCACUGGGGUCGCUGGUUAUGCAUCACCGUUGCAAGCCUUUGUCUUACCACGUGCGUUUGCGUGUUCCUAAACAUCGUCAACAUCACCGUCAACAGAUGGCUGUUCAUCUGCUACACUAACGUCUACAGCAAAAUCUACAACCAGGGAUCCACUAUCGGUAUCUGCAUCUUGUCUUGGAUCCUCGGUUUUGGGGCUGAAUUUCCGAAUUACGUCGGUUGGGGUGACCAUACGUUCGAUGAGAAGUCGCACCAAUGUUACUGGGACCGCACUGCCGACCAUUCGUAUACGGUCUUCGUGACCGCCGGGCUGCUGACGGCUGCCAUGUUUCCAGUCAUAUUUUGCAACAUGGCAAUGGUCAAAAAAAUCUGGGACGUAAAAAGGAACGUGCAGAGUUUCCAAAACAGUUACACGAAAUCGGUGAUGUCUACGGUGAGCUCCGUCAAAAUUCUGGUGACGAUGAUGGUGGUGGCACUCGUCUGUUGGCUGCCUUACGUCACACUGCUGGUCAGCGACCAUGACAACACGGCCUCUAUGGAAACCCAUCUGUUGCUGUCUCUAUUGGCCCAUUCGCAUUCGACAUGGACGCCAGUCAUCUAUUUCGCGUUCAAAAAGAACUUCCGGGACCACAUCCGUCGAUUAUUCAAUCGCACAAACCUGGUCCACCCAACUUCUUCUAAUGUCGGUAGUAACGCUAGCAAGGCGAAACGCGGAACAAGCAAGGACGGAUUCAACAGACAACAGCUACCCGCAAGUCAACAUUCCUCGUCCAUUGAAAAGUCAAAUUCAAUAAUGAAGUCAUUUUCCACCACUAAUACCAUCUCAUACACCCUAUCAACGACGUCGACUUCAAGUGAUAAGCCUGUACCGAACAUUCAUGAUUAUCCUGUGAAAGCAUCUCAUACCAUCCUAGAGCCUAUACAGGAAAACACCGUGUCAUUAACGCAGCAGCAAACUACAGAGUUCAGUACGAAAUGCACGGUAUCCAACAUCAGCAGCUUAACGUCAUGUGUAACAGUGAACACAGCAACCAUGCUGUCUGCGCAGCCUAUGGUUUCACUUUCCGCACGUACAACGGAGGAGCACAUAAAUGCGUCAACGCAGUGUACACCUGAAUCAAAGAUUCUAAACAACAAUGAACUCCAUAAUGAGACACAAAGUCUAGCAAAAAAGGAAUUGAUAGAUGUGGUUCAUUCAGAAAAUGGCAAGGAAUCUACUACAUGCAUAGUAGCACCUAAAAUCAUAACGACCAGGGUUGCCGAGGUCUCAGUAUCCAUGGGCGUCUGUCGACCACGGUCAGGGUGGGGGCUUAGGACGCAGAAUGCACUCGGUGAUCAGAAGCAAACAUCAGCGUUCCUUGCUGUUCCGAAUUCAGAUGCUUUUUUACGUCAGUCGACCAAUCUAGCUGACGUGUGUAUGUCAAAGAGCAAAUGCUGAAUUAACUAUACAUUUAAUCGAUAUGGAUCUGUGGUAAUACUCUUGCAUGUUGAAUAUAAAAAAAAUGAAACACAAAACAAUUUGUAUUAAGGUUAAAUUUGAAAUCAUGAACCCACAUUCAAAUAUUUUUAUAUUGUUGACUGUGUUUAAAACUAUGUUUACUUUCGGAACUAAAUGAUAAUAAAAUAUCAGUUUAUUGACCAGAUUGGGCAUCUAGAUUGUUUCGUAUUGUAUG